UGGUGGAGGUGGUGCUCACCCGUCGGAUGAAAAGCUUGAGUGGCAGUGGUAUGGCGGUGUUUGUCACUCUCAGCUGCCCAAGGGCUCACACCUCGAACAAAAAGUCUUGGCCGCGGGCCGAUCGCCGUAUCAUUGGCUCCACGGCGAUAGAUGCCUCGAGGGCCGGCUGGUCUUUUGCAAGCUCUGGACUUCGGCCACGAGGGCAGAACAAGGAUCCGGCUGCGAUGCUUCGGUGGGCGUGAUGGGUUGGUUUCGCACAUGUCGGCAGGCGUUCGUGGAAGGCGUCGAGGUUCUCUACGGCACCAACUCGUUCGUGAUCGAAAGCCGAGACCUGCUUGACGCCAUUCUAGAACCUCGCACCGAUGGCCACGUCCUGGCGCCUUAUCAUCUGGCCAAGAUUAGAUCGCUCGAGCUGCGUCUCGACGUCCUGCUCUGUGGGAAGCUAAUCCACGCAGGGAGAGCAGGCCCAGAGCGCCUCCCUAACUUCGCCGGCCUCGCAAGCACGUUCCCGGACCUGCGUUUUCUCAUCAUAUCAUUCCUCGACACGCUCUACAAUGACCAUCAGGUGCGCCCGACGGGCCGCCUGGGAGAGCUGAGGGAGCUGCUGUUCGACCCUCUGGCUCGUGCGUUCGCACCGCUGGCGCGGCAGAAGAAGAUGCCAAUCAUCGUCGAGCUCCCCGAAAAUGUAUUCCUCGACUUCCUCCAUAACAGCGACUUUGUGCAGGAGUCGCUCGGAAACCAGGGGAGUAAUGGUUGGGGCACUUGGCUGCGAUAUCCUAUAGUCACGGAGACAGGCGGAUCCAUGUCGACCAAUGGUGACAAUCUGUACUACUAUCUCAAGCAGGGCAGUUAUAGCAGCGCUGGGAUUUUCAUACACAAGGUCAUCGGGUUCGGUAAAGAGUCCGCGGAAUACCCAGAAGGAAGAGUAUGCUGAAAUGCAUAUGUGCUGAACGGAUAAUUUCUGGGUCGCUAAAGAUCACCGCGAACCCACACGUCAUUCGGAAUGGCCUUGUUACCAGUCACUUUCUGGAGAUAGGAAGUCUGGGGCACAUGUUCACACAGGAAGCUGGAGCCUUGGCCCGUACAUCGAGUCACAAGGGUGCUGGGGUCAGGCAUGGGUGGGUGGGUGCAGAGGAUGAAGCUGGCCAAGCAGCACCUCCCCACGUACUCUCCUUCUUCUCUGUUGGACCACCGCCCCAGACCCUCCACGCAUUAAGAAAUCGCGGGACACCACAGUCAUGACUGCUGCCAGCCGUGUUGCACGAAUGGCCGAGACCAUCAACG